AUGAAAACAAUUAGCGUCGCCUGCAAGACCGUAUUGCUGGCGAUGGUUGCGGGGUCCGCGGCAGCGGCGUCCGGGACUGGUGCGGCAGCCACCGGUCUGGAACAAACGGUGUUUUCCGCAGUGAAGGACAAGCUGAGCGGGCUUUUCUGGAGGGUAGGGCAGCAGCCAUUAGAAGAGGAGGUAGAAGAGGAAGUUAAAGAAAAAGAGGGGUACGUUCCGGACUGGUCGCAAUAUGAAGACGAGACGGUGCUGCGGUUUAACUGGACUACGGCGCGUGAGCGUAAGGCCUUUGUCGACGCCACCAAGACGCUUGUUUUGGAUGUGUGGCGCGUGGGCAAGCACUCUGGCGACGUGAGGUUGCACCAGGCACGAGUUCCCAACCUGUUGCGAUUGCUGCCUAAGUCAUUGCGGCGCGCGGAGUCCCGACGGGUCAUGAUUGCUGACCUUGAACACGCAGUUCACAGCACCCAGCCAGAGUCACGCGAGGUGGUUGACUUUUCGACCAAAAGUUCGAUGGACAUUCAAACAGUGUCUGAACUGUUUUUCAGUGACUUCCGGUCGCUAGAAUCGAUUUACCAAUGGCUCGACAUUCUUGAGGAAACUUUCCCGGAACAGGUGCGCACAGAGGUCAUUGGCAAGACACACGAAGGUAGAGAUAUCCGAGUGUAUCACUUGUACUCUUCGCAGCGCAAUGUAUCUGGGAAAAAGAAGACGAUUGUUAUUACAGGAGGAACCCAUGCACGUGAGUGGGUUUCUGUUUCUACAGUUCUGUACUCACUUUAUACUUUGCUUGUUCAUCAUGGGUCUCGCGGUAAUGGUGCAGGAGGAGAGGAUAAUAUUCUUGAUAAGCUUGAUUUCUUGAUUGUGCCUGUGCUCAACCCAGACGGAUACGUAUACACAUGGGAACAUGACCGGUUGUGGCGCAAGAACCGCCAGGAUACUGGUGUGCCUUUGUGUCGGGGAAUUGACAUUGACUCGUCAUUCCCGUAUCACUGGAAACCAUCGAUGGGUACGCCAUGCAGCGAGGGCUACGCAGGGCAGGCUGCUUUGGAGGCCGAAGAGGCUCGCGCAUUUACGAAAUAUAUUAAUGCGACUUCUGAACGUCACCAGUACUUCGGGUACCUUGACUGGCACUCAUACUCGCAGACGAUUCUGCACCCGUACGGAUACUCGUGCAAGGAAACACCUCGGGACGCCGAGAACCUGCUUGAGCUUGCGUACGGUAUGGCGCGAGCUAUUCGGUGGUCAUCUGGGAAGAUGUACUCCGUACUGCCGUCGUGCGAGGAUCGGGAGUAUGAUCCUGACGAUAGCGAGGGUGGAUGUGCGCUAGACUACAUGUAUAAGAUGCAUGCUAUUUGGGCGCUGCAGAUUAAGCUACGAGACACCGGGAACCAUGGGUUUUUGUUGCCCAAGAAGUUUAUUGUGCCGGUUGGGGAGGAGAUUUUCAGUGCAUUAAGGUACUUUUGUGAUUUUAUUUUGAAUCCGGAGGAUGAGUCUUAUGGGUCGAAUUAG